CAACACCUCAACACCCACCGCUUGUACCAAUCACAACGCCAAUAUGGGUGGCGAUCUCAACUUGAAGAAGUCAUGGCAUCCAGCGCUGAUGACCAAUCAGCGCCGGGUGUACAACGAAGAAUUGAAGGCCCUGGAGGAGCGCAAAAAGACUGAUCAAGUCCUUAAAGAGCGUGCUGAGGAGCGCGCCAUACAGGAACUCGAACGACUGCAGGAAGCGGCAGGGGGCAAGAAGCGAGUGGACAAAGUUGACUGGAUGUACAAUGGACCGGGCACAGGAGGACCAGGUGUUGGCGGUGUCACUGAAGAGAUGGAGGGCUACUUGCUAGGCAAGCGUCGCCUGGAUGGUCUUGUCAAAAGUGGUAACGGAGCAAUCAAGAAGGACGCGCCUGAAGUCGGUGCUAUUGCGGCUGGGAAGGGCGGCAGUGCGAGAGAUAUCGCGUUGAAGGUUGCUAGUGACCCUAUGCUUGCGAUCAAGAAGCAGCAGCAGGCGAUGUACGAGGCCAUGAUGAACGAUCCUGUGAGGCGCAAGAUGCUCAUGAAAAAGGCCACUGGAAAGGAGGAAGAAGAUGAAGACGAGGCUACUCGAAGUAAGGAACGGAAACACAGGCAUCGGAGCCAUAGGCACAGGCACCGAGAUGAUGACGAUGAUGGACAUCGAAGCAAGCGAAGGCGCUACAGUGACGACUACGAUGAUGAUCGCAGGUCUCGCAGGCACCGUUCCCACAGGCACAGGCGGGACAGCUCACGAUCGAGGUCUCCAUCGCGGUCCAGGUCUCCACCUUCCAGGCGGACGGACGAUCGCAGGUCCAAGUCGCACAGAAGCCGAGACUAUAGUGCACCACGAUCCCGCUCUCCGCCACCACGGAGAAGAGACAGUGAUGAUGACUGCAAGGACCGAAGAAGAUCAUACCCCAGCCCGCGGCGUUCAAAGUCCGAUUCGAGCCGUAGCGACAAGCCAUACCGUUCACCGCCUGAAGAGAACAUGAAGAACGACGACAUUGAUGAGGAGGCGGAACGUGCUCGUAAGCUUGCAGCUAUGCAAUCGAAUGCUUCAGAGCUGGAGUCUGAGCGCAAGAUGCGUUUGACUGAGCUUGAAGCCAAAGAAGCUCGUCAGAGAGAAGAAGAUGACCGCAAGCGGUCUGAACGAGGCAAGUUUAUCAGCACCGUCAGAAGAGUUGCUGAGAAUGUGGACAUGGGGCGAAGAUUGGGUGCAUCGGGAAGGAGAAGUGAUGGUUAG